GAGAGACACUCAGAACCAUAGAGAGAGAAAGAGUGAGAGUGUUUGAGAAGAGAGAGAAAGAUAAUGGAUCAAGAUGAGUGGCUGCAGGGAACGCUAAGAUACGCCGGUAAAGCGCAAGAUAAGGUUUCCGUUGAUACUCUCAUGCUCCGGUACCGUCCGAUCGCUCCAAAACCGACGACUGGUAAUCCAUGCGCUGCAGGAGAUAACAACAACAACAGUAUGAGCAAACGAACCAAACGAAAGUACGUUAAGGUUUCCAAGAAUAAUAAAAGCACGUGUCGAGGAAAGAGCAGAUCUGACCUUUCUGAUGAUCGGGAACAAUCUAGAGCCGUGACGCUGCAACUUCUGCCUGAAAAAGCCGAUCUUUCCGGCGAAUACACGCCGUUAGAUCAGGAUAGUCUCGAUCCGACGGUGAAAACGAUAAUCGGAGAGAAAACACGAGAAACCAACGCGUGGGGUACGUUUAACGGCGGCGCAACGGUGGAGGUGGAGACGUGGGUCACGGUGGAGUCCGUAACAGGGGUCUGUGACGGUAGUUCGAGUUCCCAUGCGGUGGAGUGUACGGACGCUGAGAUGGUGGACAAUCUAGGCAAGGACACGUGUCCAGCUUUCGUAUCGGACGGCUCGAACCGUGUGGUGUGGGUUAACGAGGCUUACCGGAGGAAUGUUUCCGGUGAAGAUUCGUCGUCGUCGUUGCCGGAUGUUGUGGUUUGGUUGGUGGCGGAGGAGUCGACGGUGGCGAUGUAUUGUAACUACCGAGCUUUCACGUGUAGGGUGAGGAUGCAGUACACGUGGCAAGAAACAAAGUAUACCAAAACGGUGCCGUGUGAUGUGUGGAAAAUGGAGUUUGGUGGCUUUGCAUGGAGGCUAGAUACAACAGCUGCUCUGACUCUCUGGCUUUGAUGCUGAUUGCUGCCUGAAACAAAAGGCUACUUAAUGUGCAUUCAAUUCAUACAUCCAUCGGUUAAAUAUAUCCAUCAAAGGUAUAUGUAUCCACAAUUACUGUACCUAGAUUCAAUUUCUUUUGCUCUAA